AAUUGUUAUGUACUCGCAGGGUUUUGGCAGGAACAAGCAUCCCUGUGGUGGUCAGCAAUACCCAGUGUUAAUAAGUAACUUUAAACUGUUUCUCUGCAAGAACGCCUGUUUGUACCAGGGGACAACACAUCAUUUUGUUAUAUCUGCCAACUGAGCUUUUCCUCGCCAUAUUCAAUAAGGAGUAACUAAUAAUUUAUAUCUGCGCACAGCUCCAGCUUGUGUCGGGUAGUACCGCCCCAUUACAGUCACAAGUAGUCUCUGUUCGCAGUAAACAUUUGGUUUUGUUGUUUUGAGCAGAAAAGGGCCCCACGUACAAGGGAACCGUAAUCCUGAAACAUUAAAGGAGGCAAUGGAAAUCUUCAUGAAGAUUUGACCUGUGUUUAUGUAGAAGGUUUACAGUUUCUGAUCAGAGUAAAACAGCAAUAGUCCUGUAGGAAAAAUACUGUUGAAAUCAUGCCUGGGAAGAUGCACACAUUGCUGGAAAACCUAGAUCGUUAUAUUGAGGUUCUUACUCUGUCUCAAAGUGUUCAUGUGAAAGACUGGGACAUCUCGUGUGUAAGAAGAGGAUUUGAAUGGGGAACUUACUUCCAGCAGGUUUAUCAUCGCUUCCAUACCAAUGAGUGCCUCAGAAAUGCUCUGGAGGACCAUCUUAGAUCAAAGAAUGAGACACUCAGUGCUUGCAUAAAAAACUAUCAGUAUAUAACCUUUAAUGAUCUCAGAUAUAGUAAAGAAAUUUUCUGCAUGUCAUUGCUCCAAAAUAAGGCCCUUUCCAAGGAUAUAUUCCAAUAUAUUGUUAGACAGUUAAAAAAUUUAAGUAGUGGGGAAAUUAGCAUUUGCAGUAUGAGCAACAUCAUGUGUCAGAAAGCAGCCUUGCAAUUGCUACUUUUUUCUUCAUCUAUUGCGUCAAAAAACCCUCUAGAGAACCCUUGUGUAGUUACACAAGCAGAAAUUCUGAAGAACCAUUUGGAGAACAGAAUAAGGUUAUUGAAAGGAGACCAUCAGUUUGCAGUUGUGGCAGAUGUUCUCAGUGGUAUUCCACAACCUUCAGUAUACAAAAUAUUAGCAGUUUUAUUGCUCUCAAGUGAGACUUGUGAUUCUCAGGGUCAGGUUUCCUUGUCCCAUCUUUUCCUGAAAUGGUUACUAGAAAAUGAUAGUGCAUGGACAGAUUUCUGCAGUAAAAUAAAUUGCCAUCUUUUGUCACGUUUAAGUUCUAAAUAUGUCAUUGUUAGUAAGGCAUAUAUGGACUUCCUAAUCAAGGUAGGUGAAAGUAUGGAGCUAGAUGUUCAUGGAAAAUGGGUCAGUAGCAAUGCUGAACUGCCAUUUAAUACUUUUCGUAAUCAUUUUGAAAGUCUCAUGAAUACUAGUGAAGACCUCAGGUCUGCCACAGAAGCAAAGCUUAAGGCCUUAAAAAGUCAAGAUGGAGAUUAUGAUCUACCAGGCAUAAGUAUUUGGACAGAUAUUUUACUUGAAGUUAAAAAGAUUGUACAUCUGUAAGAUUUAUUUUAAUAAAUUGUUUCAUUAGUUUGCUAAA